AUCCCCACGUGUCUCUGCUGACCGGAACACCGCUGUUACUCUGGAUAAAAACACUUUGAGACGUUUUUAGAGACGAAAUGUGAAGAAAACUCGCUGCUCGGUGCUCAAAGUGACUGCGCGUCAGAGAGGUUUGAAGCCUCCUGGAGUUCAGCAAACGAGUCCCGGUGUCCAAACAUGAGCUCGGUGUGAAGGGAGGGACGUGUUCUCUCUGAUACGGUAACACCGGGGCUUUCAAACGGUUCUCUUGGGUGAAUUUUAUCCGCAAACUGCGGAAGAGAAAACACAAAGUGGCGCCGCUUUGCAGCGGGGCGGCGGGGCGGCGGGGAGGGUUGACUCUCCACGGUUCUCAUGUGCUUCAUAAAGGCCGCCUCAGUCUCAGAGGCUCCUCAGUCACUCACACACACAGUUAGACAGACAGACAGACAGACAGACAGACAGAUGGCCGAUCAACCUGCAGCAGCUCCCGCGGGGAAACCUGCCUCCAAGCCCCAGAAGAAGAGACGGACCUCCCGCACCAACAGGGACGGACUCUCCCUCCCGAAGCUCAUCAUCACCGUGGUGUCCGAGGCCAAGGACGGGAAGCGGGUGUCUGUGUUCGCCAUCAAGAAGGGCCUGGCGAAGAAAGGCGUCGACGUGUCGAAGCGCAACAAGCAGAUCAACCACUCGCUGCGGAGGCUCGUGCUCAAAGGGUUACUGAAGCAGGUGAAGGGGAAGGGCGCUUCCGGCUCCUUCAAGCUCGUCAAGACCCAGGUCAAAGUUCUCAAACCAAAGAAGAAGAAGAAGAAGAAGACGCCUAGCACCAAGGGGUCACCAACCAAGAAACCAAGAAAGAGGUCGCCAUCAAAGAAAAGGACACCGGUGAAGAAAGUGACCAAGAAGAAGGAGACGAAGCCAAAGAGCCCCAAGAAAACCACGGCUACCAAACCUGCUGCCAGGAGAAGUCCUGCAAAGAAACCUGCUCCCAGGAGAAGUCCUGCAAAGAAACCUGCUCCAAAGAAAACAGCAAAGAAAGGAGGAAAGAAAACUGCAGCAAAGAAAACAGGAGGAAAGAAAUCUGCAGGAAAGAAGUAAAGUGGAUCUUUA